AUGAUCGCCGAUAACCCCACUGCUUCCGCCGCCGCGGCGAUUGACAACCGCAACGUCCUUGCGGCCGACGAGACGACCGAUGAUGGGGCGUCGGUGAGCGGCGAGAGCUUGGCAUCGUCGACUGCGAGUGUCUCCAGCUCAGUUCUCGACUAUCGCAUUGAAAAUGGACGGACUUAUCACAAGUACAAGGAUGGAAAGUAUUUCGCGCCCAACGACGACAGAGAGAAGGACAGACUUGAUUUGAUGCACAACCAGUUCCUGCUCAGCCUCGACGAUCGGCUGGGAACCGCGCCGCCCAACCAGCCAGAUGCCGAGGUCGGCCGAGUCCUCGACGUCGGCACAGGCACGGGAAUCUGGGCCAUGGACUUUGGUGACGAACAUCCCGGGGCGGAAAUCAUUGGUGUCGACUUGUCGGCUACGCAAUCUACCUUCGUCCCGCCAAACGUUCGCUUCGAAAUCGACGAUAUCGAGGAGCCGUGGACCUUCUCGGAGCCUUUCGACUACAUCCACGUUCGGAUGAUGAAGGGCAGCAUCCGCGACUGGAAGACGUUCUUCCAGAGAUGCUUCGAUAACCUGAGCCCCGGCGGUUACAUUGAGCUCAGCGAUCUCGACAUCCUCCCGGUGGCGGACGAUGACACACUCACGGAGGACACUAGUCUCAUGAAGGCGUUCCGCUUAUUUUGUGAUGCCCUCGCCAAGAUGGGGGUUGCCUUUGAGACGGCCGACGGUUUUAAGAACAUGAUCGAGGAAGUCGGGUUCGAAGAUGUACACGUCAAGCCGUUCAAAUGGCCGACAAACGGCUGGGCGAAAGACCCAAAACAUAGGCUGCUCGGCUCGUGGAACUACGACAACUUGGCCCCUAAUCUGGACGGGCUGCUUAUGGCUCCUCUGACGCGGGCCUUCGACUGGGAAAAGGCGGAGGUUCACGUCCUUGCGAUGGAGACUCGUAAGGACCUCGGCAACAGGAACAUCCAUGCCUACUUCAAUGUGUUAGUCAACAUCCUCGCCCCCUUCUUUCCCUCUACGUCGACAGCUUUCCCCGUCCCUCUGCCCCUCUCCGAUGUGUUUCUCUGA